UACCAGCACAAUUACACGUUGCAGAUUUUUUAUGUCGUAGUUUCCAUGAACUGAUGUGCUCUGUGAUGGUGGAAAUGCAGAAAUAUCUUCUGGUGGCGAGGGGUUAACCUCCAGGAAAGCUUGGCCUGCUGUUGGUGUGACCCUGAGCCGACAAUUAAGUUCAUCCCGGAGGGUAGGAGUGAUUGCCUCCAACAGAGCCAUGUUCCUGGUGAACACAACCUCAUAUCCUAAACCCGUGAUGUAAAACUGAGGAUCAAAAGGGGCACAAUCACUUGCUUACCAGAUAAAUGCCCUGAUAUUCCCUUUCCUUAGCUAGUGGUCUGCUGGCUCAGCAGAGAUCUCAGCACCACGACAGAGGAUAUUUAGCUUCACACAACGCUACAGCACAGAGCCAGGCUCUGGACUGGAUGCAGCCCAGCACAGUGGGUGUGCUGAGCAGGAGGCGAGGAGGUGGAAAACAGCAACAUGUAAAUUUUUGUGAUCACCUGAAGUGGAGGUGUGCAAACCCGAAUUGUGCUAGUCCUGAGCCCAUUUAAAGCAGCCUUUGUGUUUUGUCCAAGGGCGUGGGGUCCCACAGGGGCUAGCAGUACUUGGUUUAUGCCUCAGACUCAGCACACCCCACUUCUCCCUACCCCAUACUGACAGCCAGGUGGGCGAGUGGACUAGGAAGGCUUAUUUGUAGGAGAGAUCUCUGCUGUGGCACAGAGUCUGCAGGGAGAGGGCUCGGGCAGUGGGGAGUGGGGCACGCAGGGCAGCUCCUGUGUCACCCUGCACGAGACCAGCACGGGCAGGAGGAAACAAUAUAGGGGACUUACAAAGUGGCUGCAUCACAAUAGGGAUUUGGAGAGGGCCAGGGGGGCUCGUUUUACCCCAUUAAACAUGCCAACCUCCCCAGGGUGCAUUUGCACUCUCAGCACCCCACUGGUGGGAACCUGCACCCACGGUGCAUCCCCAGCAAGUACACGGUGCAUCCUCCAAACCUGCUCCGUGGCACCGGUUUCCUUCUUCUAGAAACAUUAAAUCCUCAGCGAUGGGAAGAGAUGGGAGAGCAUCCUCCUCCUCCACCAUCACCAUCACCUCCAUGACCUCUACUACCACCACCAUCACCAUGACCAUGACCAUAACCAUCACCAUCUCCACCAUCACCACUAUCACCACCACCACCACCACCCCCUCCACCACCGCAGCCCUGGGACUUCCAGCGUGGCCACGGUGGGGUUCCAGCAGCCGAGGGCAGAGCGGAGGGCAAGCGGGCGGCACAGGGCGAGGGGGAGGCCGGGGCAUGCGCAACGCGGGGGCUGCCGCCGCGGAGGUGGGGAGCGAGGACCACGGCGCUGCCUCCCAGCUCCCGGCUGCCAGUUGCUGGUUGCCAAGCAGUUAUCAUUGUUUCUGUGACGAUUGCAGAGGCUGUUGCUAAUUGAAGAAGCCCCCACAGCAUCCUUUUCUCUCUCUGCUCCUGCUUCUGCUUUUAUUUUAGAGGCUCAAGGGGGAAGCCAGCUAGACUAGUGAUUUUUUUUUUUCCUUUUUGACGUGGCAUUUUUAUUUAUUUCCUUUCGUGGGGGUGGGAAAUUUCUCAGCUGGUGAUUAAGUAAUGGACUAGUUACUCAUCCCUUUAGUCUUUGUGUGUGUGUGCGUGCGUGUAUGUCUGAACACACACAGACAAGCUUACACACACACACACAGUAAAAUCCUUUUUGCCACUGCAGUGGGCACAAAUAGGUGAGCAUGACUACAGCCAAGGAACAAAAUGCAUCAGGGAAACAAGCCCAACAACAAGAACAGGAGCUGGUGGGGAGUAAUCCUCCACAAAGAAACUGGAAAGGAAUUGCGAUUGCAUUACUUGUUAUUCUCGUUAUCUGCUCCUUGAUUGUCACCUCUGUUAUACUCCUGACACCAGUUGAAGAUAACAGCUUGUCUCAGAAGAAGAAGAUUACAGUGGAAGAUCUAUUUAGUGCUGAUUUCAAAAUCCAUGACCCAGAGGCUAAAUGGAUAACUGAUAAUGAAUUCAUUUAUAGAAACCAGAAUGGCACAGUGAUUCUGAGGAAUGUUGAAACUAACAAUUCAACAGUAUUAAUAGAAAACAAAAAAAUUGUCUCCUUAAAGGCUAUUCGAUAUGAAGUGUCACCUGACCGGGAAUAUGCACUUUUUGCUUUUAAUGUUGAACCAGUGUAUCAGCAUUCAUAUACGGCAUAUUAUGUCCUCAGCAAAAUACCUCAUGGGGAUCCCCAGAAUUUGUAUCCCCCUGAAGUCAGCAAUGCAAAGCUUCAGUAUGCUGGUUGGGGUCCAAAAGGGCAACAGCUGAUAUUUAUCUUUGAGAAUAACAUCUAUUACUGUGCCCAUGUGGGGAAACAAGCCAUCCGAGUGGUCUCCACAGGAAAGGAAGGUGUUAUUUUCAAUGGGCUCAGCGACUGGCUAUAUGAAGAGGAGAUCUUGAAGACACAUAUUGCUCAUUGGUGGUCUCCUGAUGGCACCAGGUUAGCAUAUGCAACAAUUAAUGCCUCCAGAGUCCCCACCAUGGAGAUCCCAGUAUACACUGGCAGCCUUUACCCUACUGUCAAAAUGUAUCAUUAUCCAAAGGCUGGAAUGGAAAACCCAACUAUUUCCUUGCAUGUGAUUGGUCUGAAUGGACCUACCCACGACCUGGAAAUGACUCCCCCAGAUGAUCAAAGAAUGAGGGACUAUUACAUAACCAUGGUGAAGUGGGCGACCAGCACCAAGGUGGCAGUGAACUGGCUGAACAGGGCCCAGAACGUCUCCAUCCUGACGCUGUGCGACGCCACCACAGGCGUCUGCACGAAGAAACAUGAAGAUGAAAGUGAAGGUUGGCUGCACAGACAGAACGAAGAGCCAAUUUUCUCCAAGGAUGGUCGGAAGUUUUUCUUUGUGCGAGCCAUUCCUCAGGGAGGACGUGGGAAGUUCUACCACAUCGCCAUGUCAUCGUCACAGCCCAACAGCAGCAGUGAUAACUUACAGUCUAUUACAUCUGGUGACUGGGAUGUGACAAAGAUAUUGGCAUACGAUGAAAAGAGGCAUAAAAUUUAUUUCCACAGCACAGAAGAUUUGCCAAGAAGGAGACAUUUGUACAGCGCAAGCACAAAUGGAAACUUCAACAGGCAGUGUCUGUCUUGUGAUCUGAUUGAAAACUGUACUUAUUUCAGCGCAUCAUUCAGUCACAACCUGGAAUACUUCUUACUGACAUGUGAAGGUCCCCGGGUUCCGAUGGUGACUGUUCACAACACAACCGACACACAGAAAAUUUUUGAGCUGGAAGUAAAUGAAAAUGUGCAGCUGACAGUAAAUGACAGGCAAAUGCCUAAAGUAGAAUACAUGGAAAUCAAGAUAGAUGAUUACAAAUUGCCAAUGCAGAUCCUAAAGCCAGCAACCUUUUCAGACACAGCGCACUAUCCCUUGCUUUUGGUUGUGGACGGGACGCCUGGCAGCCAGAUCGUGACGGAGAGGUUCGAGGUGACGUGGGAGAGCGUGAUGGUCAGCUCGCACAAUGCCAUCGUGCUCAAGUUCGACGGCCGUGGAAGUGGCUUCCAAGGCACUAAGCUCUUGCACGAGGUUAAGAGGAGGCUGGGCCUUUUGGAAGAGAAGGACCAGCUGGAAGCUGUCCGGACAAUGCUGAAGGAGCAUUAUAUUGACAAAAUGCGAGUUGGCGUGUUUGGGAAGGACUACGGCGGCUACCUGAGCGCUUACAUGCUUCCAGCUGGGGAAGAGAACCAAGUCUUUGCCUGCGGAGCUGCUCUUUCCCCACUGACAGACUUCAAAUUAUAUGCUUCAGCAUUUUCUGAAAGAUACUUGGGCUUGCACGGGAUUGAUAACAGAGCAUAUGAGAUCACGAAAUUAGCACACAGAGUCUCAUUACUGAAGGAACAGACAUUUUUGAUCAUUCAUGCUACUGCUGAUGAAAAAAUCCAUUUUCAGCAUACUGCCGACCUUAUCACACACCUAAUUAGGGCAAAGGCUAAUUACAGCUUGCAGAUUUACCCGGAUGAAAGCCAUUACUUCAGCAAUGAAGCAUUACAGCAGCAUUUGUACAACUCCAUUAUCAACUUCUUUGUGACAUGUUUCCAAGUUCAGGACAAACUCCCGAUAGCCCCCCUGAAAGAGGAGGAGGACGACGAUUAACCCUACGUGUCCGUGCUAAGCACAAGGCAGAUCUCUCUAACAAUAUGCAACUGGAUCAUUUUCCUGAAGAAAGAGAUGUUAUGUUGUUAGCAUGUAUUUAAAGAAAACUGAAAGCAGCUCAUCUGCUUUACUUGACAGCAACUCCUUCCUAAAUGGAAGAACAUUAAGCAUGGUGAACUCAGCAGAAACUGCUGUCUGAAAUAAAUCCAUCAAAACCAACAUCUUCUUUUUCUUUUUCUUUUUUUUUUUAUUUUUUUCUUCCUUUCUUUUUUCCUCUUUGUUUGCCACAAAGUGACUUCUACCGUGAAAGUGGCAAGACAUUGGACUUGAAGAACCACCCCAAGAAACCGCUUUGAGGACUGGAAGAUUUGAUGUCCCUUUGCAUUCAAGCAAUCAAGCAGUAGCAGUGAAAUCCAUCAUCCACAUUAAGUUACUAUAGUUAGCACCACACUGUGUCAGAAAAAAUAAAAUAAAAUCUAACCUAAUACACGGAAAAUUUACAGCACAAUUAUCUUAAAGGAUACUGAUUCAUGCGUACUUGCCUGCUCUUUCCCAUGUUCAGAAGGUUUGUCAUUGCUACAGGACAUACAAAUUCAAUUGUACAAAGUAUCACUAUAGUUACGCUGAUGUUUACCUUCCUGUAAUUAUUUCUUAAUUUUGUAUAACUUUUACUUCUGUUUUCAUUAGGUCUCUUGCUUACCUUAUUAGCUUCUCAGAUUGUUCUGGAUGGGGAAAAAAAACAUACUCUGAAUUAACCAACUCAAUUUAGACCUUUGGGUUCUAAAGAGGCAAUGAGGGUCAGGGUAACCAGCCACUGAAAAA